ACACAGUGAUUGUGCUUAUAUUAUUCACAGGUCAGUGUCUGUACUAACAGAAUGCAUGAGGAACAAAUCCCUGGCCAAGUUUUUCAGAGAAAGACAAGAGGCUUUACAGCAUUCUCUACCCUUAGGAUCCUAUCUCUUAAAACCUGUCCAGAGAAUACUCAAGUAUCACCUGCUUUUACACGAGAUAGAAAACCAUCUUGACAAGGACACUGAAGGCUAUGAUGUGGUUUUAGAUGCCAUAGAUACAAUGCAGAGAGUAGCAUGGCAUAUUAAUGACAUGAAGAGGAAACAUGAACAUGCUAUCCGACUGCAGGAGAUACAAAGCUUACUGACUAACUGGAAAGGACCAGACCUUGCUAGUUAUGGAGAGCUGGUUUUAGAAGGAACAUUCCGCAUCCAGAGAGCCAAAAAUGAGCGCACUUUGUUCCUCUUUGACAAACUGCUGCUUAUUACUAAGAAGAGGGAAGAAAUGUUUGCCUACAAAGCUCAUAUCUUGUGUGGCAAUCUCAUGCUCGUGGAAGUGAUACCAAAGGAACCACUUAGCUUUAGUGUUUUCCACUACAAAAAUCCCAAGAUACAGCAUACAGUUCAGGUAUUUAAAGGGCAUAAUUCAGCAGAUACAUUCUGGAGCAUGACAUUAGGGUAUAUACUUCUGAUUAUAUGUAUUGCAGGAGUUAUGACUGCAGUGUGCAACACUUCAUUAGCAGACCAUUUCCAGGUUUUGUGUAGGAAAAUGGGUGCCUGUUUCCAGAGCCUGGGAAAAUUACCCCUUUAGACUACAACUCUCAUUAACCGCUAGCUAUAGGGAGUUGUAGUCUACAAAAGUAGCACCCCAAACUCUAGGCAUGAUCCAAGGCUCUCCCUAUUACAACCCCCUCCCCCCAUCUACUGGAUAAAAAUAGCUGUCCUAAAUUAAUGUAAUAAUCCAGUGAGAACUGG